AUGAAGACUAAUCUUGAGCUAAUUGCUGCUACGGAUCGGUUUCCGUACGAUACUGAUCAAAGUGUUGAGGCCAGGGCCUUGCGGGAUAAGCUAUUUCAGCUGCUCUGGGAAGAUGAAGACGGGCAAUAUGCCAUCGGCUAUGUGCCAGAUUGGGUCAUCAGCGAGUUAUCUAAAACGCCUGAAGACAUCCGCGGCGACAUGAGUCUCAAUAUGUCAGACCGCACUGUCAUGCUCUUCAGGACGCCGCAGACAGAGCAGGCUCGAACCAGGGCUGUUGCAAAAUUGACAGGCCAUUGGUACAGAAAUGGCACAUUCAAGUCUCUCAAGGGAUGGCGUAACGAGCUCUGGCCGGUUUACGGUCGAAAAGGAGAGCUUCUCUUCAGCGUGGAAAGAGCUGCCGUCGGUCUAUUUGGCACUGCGAGAUAUGGAGUACACAUGGUUGCCUACAUUGAGGAUCCAACUGCUCCUCACGGCAUUAAAAUCUGGGUGCCAAAACGAGCGUCCAACAAGUCCACUUUCCCUGGUAUGCUGGACAACACUGUAGCCGGUGGUCUGACAACCGGCGAGGACCCCUUUGAAUGCAUCAUCCGAGAGGCUGAUGAAGAGGCAAGCCUCCCCGACGCUUUGGUUCGUAACACGGCUAAAUGGGUCGGGAAUGCCACAUACAUCUACAUCACCGAGGCUAAGCAUAUCGGAGAGGAUGGCUACAUUUAUCCUGAAUGCCAAUGGGUUUAUGACCUUAAACUACCUGCCGAAGUUGUACCUGUGCCAAAGGAUGGCGAGGUUGAAGAAUUUCGGCUGCGUGAUGUGGACGAGAUUAAGAAGGACCUGGGAGACGCAAAAUUCAAGCCCAAUUGCGCCAUGGUGAUGAUUGAUUUCUUCAUUCGUCACGGCAUUCUGACCGAAGCCAACGAGCCUGAUUUGGCCUUGAUUAAGGCCAAAAUGACCCGAGAGCUCCCAUUUCCCGGUCCACACCAGCCCAACUGGCCUGGCCAUAUUACUGAGCAGUCAGUUACAGCAAUAUGA